CCGGGUCGGCUAUCUUUGCUCAGCUCCACAUCCAAGUACAAAGUGACUGUCGGAGAGGUUCAGAGACGACUAUCACCGCCAGAAUGUCUCAACGCAUCCCUCUUGGGAGGUGUUCUUCGCAGGGCCAAAUCCAAGAACGGCGGCCGAUCUUUACGGGAGAAGUUGGAGAAGAUUGGACUCAAUCUGCCGGCCGGGCGCGAAGCAAUACAUUUAGCCCGAGAUUUUGGUUAUGUGUGCGAAACGGAAUUCCCUGCCCGACAGAUCGCUGAGUACUUGUGUCGAAACCAUUCCGACCCCUCAGACAUGUAUCGCCGAAAAGAACUAGUUUUGGCCACAAAGCAAAUGCUGAAGGAGUUCAUAGAUUUGCUGAAUCAGGACCGGUCGCCGCUGUGCAACACUCGGCCUCAAAUGAUUUUAGAGCCCAAUAUUCAGCGAAAUUUGACACAUUUCUCACUCAUUACACACGGAUUCGGAAGUCCAGCGAUUGUGGCGGCGCUCACAUCAGUGCAGAACUUCAUGACUGAAUCGCUCAAAUACCUCGAAAAGCAAUUAAGUACUUAUCAAACGGCUACUGGUGCUCACGUCCCCAAUGCAAACCCCGCUCAGGUCGACACCAAAAAGGAGAUCGAUUUAGUCAAUAAGAAGUAG